AUGUCCCCCUCGCUCGUCUACGGCAACCUUGUCGGGGUUGUAUCCCUCUACUGCGCGGCUCGAGCGGCUCGCAAGAUACCCGAUGCCCAUCCAACUCUCGUCUGGCUCGCGCAGCUCCGCAACGCUCGCCUUCUGAACGACUUUCCCGCCGACUCCGUGAUGAGCGGUCAACCCUACUCGUUCUGGCAGACCCAGCUGUAUCAGCUGCGGAAGUUCCGGCGUGGGCAGGCAAUCGAAAUGGAUCGCGAGUUCACACGCAGUAUCCUUUGCUCGGACUGCUCACAGCGCCGCUCUUUCGCCAACCCCGGCCCGCGCUGGCACGAGCUGUUCCCAGCUACCAAGGAUUGGAGGGAAAUCAAGUACGACUGGGAACUCCGCACGGCCUCAUCUGACGACGAGGAGGAUAGCGACGAGGAAGACUCGGACGAGGAUGAUUCGGAUGAGGAGGACUCCGCCGAGGAGGAAGACGAUGCUGACUGCGAUGACAAGGAAGAGAAGAAGAAGUGCCCGCAAGAGUCCAGGAGCGACGCUGUUAUCCGCAGGCUCUUGACGGAGGCAGGUUACUUCAAGGAUGUGGGCGAGGUGAACAGCCAGGACGGCCAUCACUCGGGCUACUCGCACUGCCAAUGUCUCGAGUGCCUCAAGCGAGCACGCUCCAAGGUCCAGGAGACGUUCGACAGCUACAAGAAAGAGGGCAUGCUACGAGACUUCCUCAAGCUCUACGGUAUCGAGAGCGACCUGCCCCGGGACUGGGUCAAUCCAGCAGCUGUUGCGCGGCUCUAUCCUGCCGUCGAAGGCUAUCGGCGUUCAAGACAAGACUUGGAGGUCAUCCAGCUUGCCGACCUGAAGAAGAAGAGCGAGAUGUUUUACUCGGAGCCUCUCGACGUGCAGAAGUUGGCUAAGAGUCUGGAGGAGCGCCAGCAUUCGCCCAAGUUCAGCAAGCUGUAUGAGGAUUGGGAUCUUGUUGUCGAUGGUAAGGCGGUGAGCGAGGGCGCCGACACAAGUACAAAGGUUUUCGUGCAUAGCCGACGGUGGUAG